CUCAGAGUUUCACUCAGGAAAUCCAGGUAAACUCUGCUACGAAUGUAAAUAUUACAGCAGAAGAAUUGUCGUUGUACACAGUGUUUGGUGACACAUUGUUUGAAGAUCUUAAUCAUGUCUGGAUCAGGCGGAGUUGAUGCCAAUAUGUUGGCGCAAACUAUAGGUUCAAAUAUCCAGAGAAUAACAUUGCUAACUAAUGAAAUCCAGCAGAUGAUGAGACAUUUUGGAACAGCACAAGACACUACUGAUCUGCGACAGACAUUACAGGAGAAACAGCAGCAGGUCAAUCAGCUUGCUAAAGUGACAGACAAGUACAUGAAAGAAUUCAGUGCUUUACCUGUGACCACAGAACAGCGACAAAGAAAAAUCCAGCGAGAACGUCUCAUCAAUGAGUUCUCCAACGCGCUGGCCGUUUUCCAAAAAGCUCAGCGAGAGGUAGCGAAGAAAGAGAAGGAGUUUGUGGCACGUGUCCGAGCGAGCUCGAGGGUUUCAGCUGGUGAUACAGAUGAUGGGUUUGGAGGGUUUUCAUCACCCUUUCGAAGUGAUGUUCAUGCUCAAACUCAGAGCUAUGAAGAUGCCAUCACAGAGGAAGAUCUGCAGCUCAUUCAGGAGAGAGAAUCAGCAAUCAGACAGCUUGAGUCGGACAUUACAGACAUUAAUGAAAUCUUCAGAGAUCUGGGCAUGAUGGUGCAUGAACAAGGAGACAUGAUUGACAGUAUAGAGGCCAACGUAUCAAACGCAGAGAUCAAUGUGCAGACAGCCACACAACAGCUGAACAGAGCAGCAAGCCACCAGACAUCAUUCCGCAAGAAGAUUUUCAUCCUGAUCGCUGUUCUGAUUGUGGCAGCUGUCAUUAUUGGUUUGAUUAUCUAUGCUUCUGUCAAAAAAUGAGUUGACAUCUUCUGAUGUCCCACAGCGUUUGCACUGGCAUGUUUGUAAUCAGUACUGGAGGUUUGUCAGGUUUUGCUUUCCAAAUGCAGUUAAGAUAUUGCAAGUUAAGCUCUUUGGAUGGCAUGUUUGGUGUGUGGUUCAUUACCACGUAUUUUAACUCCAUUUGUUAAAGCAUAGUCAACACUGACUGUACAUAGACCUUAAUUUGUGUUUAAAAUUAUUUAAAUGUUGUAACUGUUAAUAGAGAAUCUUUCCAGCUUUGUGCAUUUUUCACCCAUCUGGUUUAUAGAAGCUGCCAAUCCUGAUCGUAAAAUAUGCUAAAUAUGAAAUUUCAGUAGGUGACAAUGGCACAAAUGAAUGUUUUUGUCUCUGACAGUCAGUAUGAAGCUGCUGCUAUAAAGGUGGAUAAGUGUAUUUCUCUUUUAAACUGCUAUCAAACACUGUAUUUGAAUAAAAAAAAAAAAAGAA